AAAGGUGCUAAACGGCAAACGGACGAAGCAGAAUCUUCAUGGCAGAAAAGAUCACGACCUAAUCUAGAUGAAACGCUAACUAUAUCUCAGUUAAAGGAGCAUAUUCUACAACAAGAUGAACGUAUUAAAAAACAAGAUGAACAGAUUAAAAAACAGGAUGAACUUCUUAAAAAAAAAGAUGAGCGUAUUAUACAACAAAAUGAACAUAUUCAAAAACAAGAUGAGCAUAUUCAAAAACAAGAUGAACGUAUUCUACAACAAAACGGUAUGAUCAAGCAACUUCAGGACAAGGCCUCAGAAGUAAAUUGUAAUAUGCAGCAAACAGUGCUAGAAAAUAGAAGAGUGAAUCAAGAAAUUUCUCAAUUACGCCAAAUGUCGUAUGGUCAGCCGAAUUUGAACCAGAGCAUUCGCGGGAUGAAUUAA